AUGAAGCUCUCGAUGCUCUCUGUCGGCCUGCUGGCCUUGCUCACACCGCUGACAGCUGCGUGGAGUAAGGAAGACCGUGAGAUCUUCCGCCUCCGCGACGAGAUAGCCACCCACGAGGGGCCCGAGGUCACUUUCUACGACUUCCUUGGCGUCACGCCGCAAGCGACCCAGGACGAGAUCAAUAAGGCGUACCGCAAGAAGUCGCGGGCCCUGCACCCGGACAAGGUCAAGCAGCAGCUGACUGCCGAGCGCGCCAAGCAGGAUAAGUCUAAAGCCGCCGGCGGUAAGAAGAAGUCUGGCGUCAAGCUCAGCAAGGCACCCACGCAGGCCGAGAUUCGUACCGCCGUUAAGGCCGCUGGCGACCGUCAGGCCCGCCUCUCUAUCAUCGCCAACAUCCUUCGCGGGUCCGGCCGUGCCCGCUACGACCAUUUUAUAGCCAACGGCUUCCCGGUUUGGAAGGGUACCGAAUACUACUACAACCGGUACCGCCCGGGCCUGGGGACCGUGCUCCUCGGCUGCCUUCUCGUCGGCGGUGGCGGCUUCCACUAUCUCGCCUUGUACAUGAGCUGGAAGCGUCAGCGCGAGUUCAUUGAGCGCUACAUUAAGUUCGCGCGCCAGGCCGCCUGGGGUGACAACCUCGUGAUCCCAGGCGUCGAUGCUACCGGAGCAAACCCGCUGCCCCCACCCGCUGCCCCCGUCGAGAACGACGACCAGCAGGCCCCAUUGGCCAUGAACCGCAAGCAGCGGCGCUUGCAGGAGCGAGACGCGCGCAAGGAGUCGGCGAAAGAGGGCAGACGCCAGCCGCGUGGCAGGCCCCGUCCCGGACAGCAAGCCAGCGGGAGUGCGACGCCAGUACCACAGACCCAGGGUUCGGGCCCGACCGGCACCAAGAAACGCGUUGUGGCUGAGAACGGCAAGGUCUUGAUUGUAGACUCCCUCGGCGCCGUUUAUCUGGAGCAGGAAGACGCCGACGGAAACGUGGCCGAGUUCCUUCUCGACCCUAACGAGCUCCCGAAGCCCACCAUCAGAGACACCGCACUGUUCAAGCUUCCCGGCUGGGCCUACGGCGCCACCGUCGGCAGGGUGCUUGGGCCGUCCAAAUUUGCCGACAAAAGCGACGACUCUGACUCGGAGGAGGGCCAGGCUGACGACGAAGAGAGCAGCCCAGCACCGGCACCUACGGUGACGAAGACUGCAGCGACGGCGAAGACGACCGCCGAAGAGGACUACGAUUCCUCAUCCUCGGACCGGCCGGCGCAGCGAACGCCGUCGACUGGGUCGGCCGAGGACUUCGAGCUGCUCGAGAAGAGCGCUGGCGAGGACCAGCCGCCCGCGCCCACCAAGUCUUCGAAGGCAGCCAAGGCGACGGGGAGCCAGGCCUCCGCCAGCAGCAAGGCGAAGAAGCGGAACAAGAAGCGCUAG